AUGUCAAGCCCGCUCUCGGAACAGCUCGUCGAGGACUUCCUUGAGUCGAACUUUCAAUCAAAUUGCCUGGCUUAUGCCGCUGCUGCACUCCUAGCCUACUAUGUCGUUUUGAACCUGCCAUAUGAUGUACAAUACCUGUGGAGGCGAAGAUCGAUUGCAACAUUACUAUCUGCCAUGAAUUGGCUUGGUAUCGCUGGUAAUCUCAUAACAUACAUGCCUCUCGCAACCAAUACUUCACCAGUGCGAUGUACGGCUUUCGGGUAUGCCAACCAGAUGCUUUACAUUGUCACCGUUGCCAUAUCUCCGUUGGUAGCUGCUCUGCGCGUACAUGCGGUGAGCGGACGCAACUGGUACCUGGUAUUGCCGGUCUGGCUCCUCGGUAUAGUGCCCGUGGGCGCCACUAUAGUGGGUACAUCGAAUAUGACAAGGCGCUUGCGAUUGACCAGGAGCAUCAUAGUGGAGCGUGACACACGAGACCUUCCUUAUAUUCCCUCAACUGGGAUGUUGGUGAUCAUCAGUCGAACAUCCGUGAUCGUCUCGGACAUUCUUGUAGUUGGAGCGACCUGGUACUACAUUAGCCACACGAGCUCUGUGAAAACACAGCUCGUGCGUGAUGUGUGGGAUGCAAAGCCCAAUCUCACAACUGUCAUGUUUCGAGAUGGUACAUUGUACUUCCUGUACAGCGUGAUCUCGCUGCUCAACAUCGUUGAACUCCUCGUGAACAUAAUCGGUUUCAAUAGUCCAUACCGAAACAAUCGUUCCAGAAUCUAG